AUGCCUCAACUAGAUAAAUUCACUUAUUUCACACAAUUCUUCUGGUCAUGCCUUUUCCUCUUUACUUUCUAUAUUGCCAUAUGCAAUGAUGGAGAUGGAGUACUUGGGAUCAGCAGAAUUCUAAAACUACGGAACCAACUGGUUUCACACCGGGAGACCGACAUCCGGAGCAACGACCCCAAGAGUUUGGAAGAUAUCUUGAGAAAAGGUUUUAGCACCGGUGUAUCCUAUAUGUACUCCAGUUUAUUCGAAGUAUCCCAAUGGUGUAACGCCGUCGACUUAUUGGGAAAAAGGAAGAAGAUCACUUUGAUCUCUUGUUUCGGAGAACUAAGUGGCUCACGAGGAAUGGAAAGAAAUAUAUUCUAUUUGAUUUCGAAGUCCUCAUAUAGCACUUCUUUCAAUCCUGGAUGGGGGAUCACUUGUAGGAAUGACAUAAUGCUAAUGCAUGUUCUACACGGCCAAGGAAGCAUCGGGUUUUAA